AAUAUAUCCGUUCGCUGUGUCAUAUUUAUAGUUAUCUGACUAUAACCGUAAUAACUGUUUUUUUCCGAAAACGUUGAGUUUUCUUGUAGCAUCUCGCUUUCAUCUUAUUUUUAGUGCUUUUCACGUUGUCGGUGUGAAUUUCCCCAAACACGUGCUGUCCGUUAGCUAACGUUAGCUGCUGUUUUCGCUAACUGGUGCCACGCUUAUCAACGCAAUGGCUUAACUCCAGUAUUCGACAGCUAAGUUGAGGGCGCCUUAGCUAACGCUAAUCAUCCCAUUGUUCUGUCAGCUGGAGAAGUUGAUGAAAUGGAUCCAAAGAAGCCCUCCAUCCUGAGUAUGAUGGGCGUCCCCGGGCUGGGGCGUGGAGGAAGACCUCAUCCUCAGGAGCCAUCUGUAGGACGCAGCAGAGGGCUGCUUCUCUCUACUGAAGAUCGUGGUGGAGGACGAGCCAGAGGUUUCCUGACUUGUGGCGAUACCCCUCAAGGACGAGGGGCGACUCUACCCAUUACCGACCACGUGGUUGCCCGGGGUAGAGGGCUGCUCUUCCCGUCGGCUGAACCAAAGGUAGGACUUGCAAGAGGCUCCGUCCUGCCGGAUCUGGAACCGCUGCAUGGACGGACGCCUCCACGCGAAACCAAGGCGCCAGACCUUACAGAGGGGACCUCUGCUUUGACCAGGACAGAGGUUGACGUGCCUUCCUUUGGUCCAAGAUCAACACUGGUCUCAAUGUUUAGAGAAAUGGGCAUCGAACCCUCAGUUACCUCAUGGGGAAGAGGAACAGUACCAGUGGGAAGAGGAGCAGCAGCUGGAGAUUUGGGUGAUGUAAUCCUGCAGGGAGCCCCAGUAGGUGUCAUCAGCAAACCUGACGAGGUGAUGGGCAGAGGCAGCGGUUUCUGUGGCCGAGGUUUUUCCCCUGACACGAUGGUGGGGCUUAGAAGAGCAGCAAUGCCUCACCUUGGAGUAGGAAGAGGACGCGCUCUUCCUCCUCUUCCCCCGGGUCGUGCCGAGUCUGUUUCUCCAGCCUCUGAGGAACCAGCAGCCCGAAACACGCAGGCUUCCCUCACAGGAACCAAGCCCCCGUUUGCCACCACUCAAGAGGCUCCUCUUUCUGCUGUUGCACCUGCAAAGAUGGAGCUGAAAAUGGAGGAAGUUCCUAAGCCAAUGAAUAAGAUGGGAACAAAAGGAGCUCCUAUAACUCUUGGCUCCAACCACAUCUUAAUCCGAUGCAAAAAUGAAGCGGUUUAUCAGUACCAUGUUACCUUUGUUCCAAAUGUUGAAUCAAUGGCAAUGCGUUUUGGAAUGAUGAAAGAUCACCGCUCAGCCACAGGAGAAGUAGUAGCUUUUGAUGGCUCCAUACUCUUCCUGCCCGUUAAACUGAAAGAUUUGGUUGUUCUAAACAGUUUGAGACGGACUGACAAUGAGAAAAUAGAAAUACAAAUCCAGAUGACUAAGAUUUUGCCCCCCAACUCGGAUCUAUGCAUCCCAUUCUACAAUGUGACGCUCAAGAGGGUAAUGAAACUCCUUGGCCUGAAGCUUGUUGGUCGAAACCACUAUGACCCAGAAAGUGCAAUCGUUCUAGAAAAACAUCGGCUGCAAGUGUGGCCGGGUUACUCCACCAGUAUCAAGCGCACAGAUGGAGGCCUGUACCUAAAUGUGGACGUGUCUCACAAAGUCCUCAGAAAUGACUCUGUGCUGAACGUCAUGAACGCACUGUACAGACAGAGCAAAGAGAACUUCCAGGAUGAAUGCACCAAAGAGCUCGUUGGCAGCAUCGUCAUCACCCGCUACAACAACCGCACCUACCGCAUUGAUGCCAUUGAUUGGGACAACUCCCCCAAAGACUCCUUCACUCUGAUGGAUGGCACAAAGUCCACCUUUGUGGAAUACUACAGCAAGCACUAUGGGAUUACAAUCAAAGAGCUGGACCAACCUCUGCUCAUGCAUCGGCCGAAGGAGAGAGCCAAGCCUGGAGGGAAGCAAAUCAUUACUGGAGAGAUCCUUCUAGUACCAGAACUUUCCUUUAUGACGGGAAUCCCAGAACGAAUGAAGAAGGACUUCAAGUCGAUGACGGAUCUGACCAUGCAUAUCAAUAUGAGCGCUGAGCAGAACACCCACUCAAUAAAACAGCUGCUAAAGAACAUCAACACCAAUCCUGAGAGCGCAAAGGAGCUCAGCCAAUGGGGACUGGACAUUGACUCGGAACUCGUGGUGACUGCAGGUAGAACUCUUCCCCUUGAAACCAUCUGUCUGCAGUCUACAUCAUUCACCACCGCUGCUGAUGUGUCCUGGUCCAGAGAAGUCAUCAGGGAAGCUUCAAUCAGCUCCAUUCCAUUGAACCUUUGGGCCAUUUUCUACACUCGGCGCUGUGCAGAGCAGGCUGAAGAGCUGGUUUCCACCUUUAACAAGGUGGCCGGGCCGAUUGGUAUGAGUCUGCGGCGACCCAUUCGUGUAGAGCUGAGGGACAAUCGCACUGAGACAUACCUCAAGAGCAUCCACUCUCAGGUCAACAAUGAGCCCAAUAUGCAGCUCAUAGUCUGCAUCAUGGAAGGGAACAGAGACGAUCUCUACAGUGCCAUCAAGAAGCUCUGCUGUGUCAAGAGCCCCAUCCCAUCCCAGGCCAUCAACGUCCGAACAAUUUCCAAGCCACAGAAGCUACGGAGUAUUGCCCAAAAGGUGCUCCUGCAGAUGAACUGCAAGUUAGGAGGAGAACUUUGGACUGUCAAUGUCCCUCUGAAACACUUGAUGGUGGUGGGAGUUGAUGUCCAUCAUGACCCCAGCAAGGCGCAUCAGUCUGUCAUGGGCUUCGUCGCAAGUGUCAACAGCUCGCUCACUCGCUGGUACUCCAGAGUAACUUUCCAGACACCAAAUGAGGAACUGAUCAAUGGCUUCAGAGUCUGUUUACUGGCUGCACUGCAUAAGUACUACGAGUUGAACCACAAUUUGCCGGAGAAGAUUGUUGUGUAUCGGGAUGGCGUGUCCGAUGGUCAGCUGACCAUUCUGGCGCAGUACGAGAUCCCACAGUUGAUCAAAUGCUUCGAGACUUUCCCCAGCUAUGAGCCCAAGCUGGUCUUCAUUGUGGUCCAAAAGCGCAUCAGCACCACCCUCAUCAACUGGACUCCAAACAGCGUUCGAACACCUCCACCCGGAACUGUUCUGGAUCACACGCUCACUCAGAAGGACUGGGUGGACUUCUAUCUCUUGGCACACACUAGUCGUCAAGGCUGUGGACUUCCAACGCGCUACAUCGCUCUCUACAACACGGCAAAUCUCACACCUGACCAUUUGCAAAGGUUGACCUUCAAGAUGUGCCACAUGUACUGGAACUGGCCGGGCACAAUUCGUGUUCCAGCACCGUGCAAGUACGCCCACAAAUUGGCCUUCCUGGCUGGCCAGUUCCUGCACGCCGAGCCGGCCAUCCAGCUGUCAGACAAGCUCUUCUUCCUUUGAGCUGCAGAAGUUACUGCACCAAGUAAACCGUUCCGGUCACGGCAACACCCGGAAAGGCCGGCACAACUUAAAGAGUGCAAUGACAAAUGACUCAUUUCAAUUAAUGAGGGAUAGAUCAUUGACAUGCGUGACUUUAGAGUAUACAGUAGAGGUUCGCCUAUGAUGCUUAUAUUGAUAUAUUACGGAUGUAUCACUGCUGAUGUUCCUGAGAAGGCUGCCUCGCCAUUCUCAGCGUGAUAAAGCAAGCAAAUGUUUUGUGAAGGUAACACCAUACUACAUAACUGCAAUAACUCUGUGGCAUACUAAUACAAACAUACUUUCAUUUUGAGUCCAGUGUAAAAGGGGAAAAUGUUUUAGUAGUUUAAAGAUCACUUUAAACCCAAUUUUAAGUUUUUAAGUUUUCAAUACUUUUCUUAGCCACCGUUCUUGUGGCAUAAUUAGUAAUUGUUUUGUUGCUGUGCAGUCUCUUCCACUCACUAGUUUUUUUUACAAUUCUUUACUGAUUUGUACAUGUUUACAAGUUACAAUUCCCAGAAUGCAUUAUUAUACAGCUUUCAGCUCUGCAUGUUCCACAUACUAGAAUGUAGAUGGUAAUAAAGCUCAAACAACUGACGCUUUUUUACUUUCUACUACAAUCAUAAUCACUCCUUAGUCUCCAUCUUGUAGUGUGUCCCUCUUUUGUUCCAAGUUAAAUCUUUUUAAAUUAAAGAUGCAUUUUGCAGGGGGGAACAAAUAUACUUGGUACCUAAUUUCUGCUUUGACAUGAAAAUGAGCCCUUUCAAAUCUAAACCUGCCUAUUAAGUUGGGUGUUUGUGUGAACUAUGAUUGUUUCCUCUCGUAUGGCAACUUUUCCUAUGUUUCUGUAUUGAUAACCCCAAUUAUUGUCCCAGAGGUGUUCCAUUGGGUUUAAGUGAGGUGAUCAUGAGUGCCCUUAUUCCUUCAUCCUUCGGGCAUGGCCUGCAUUCUCUUGCUACAUGAGCAUUGCCGUGUAUCCGGAGGAAGCCAGGACCUACUGCACAAGCGUAGGGUCUGACCCUGGAUUCAAGCCUGCUGUUCUCCAGCCAGUAGAGGUCUUUGCGUCCGUCCAUAGAUAUGCCUCCCCAGACCAUCACUGACCCACCACCAAACCGGGCAUGCUGAACAAUGUUGCAGGCACCAUGGCGUUCUCCUUUGCUUCCCUAGACCCUUUCACAUCCACCACAGGUGCUUGGGGUGAACCCAAAGUGUAUUUGGUUUAUGUUUUGUCCCUAAAUUGUUAAGUUUGUGAAAAUAAAAUACUGUUCACACGUUU